GGAGCCUCGUAAACGGGUCGAGGCCACAUCAAUAGAAUGGGUCUUAUUCCGAGACAAAAAAAAUUAGAAUAUAUUUUUAGCAAACAAACCUCUCUCUCUCUCUCUCUCUCUGCUCGAUCGUUGAAGCUGAAGAACCUGAAAGAUGGGGAAGGACGGAAAAGGUGGUGGGAAGGGAAAGGGAAAGCAAGCAAGUGGCAGUGAUGAAGCUCCCUCCAAGGGAAAAGGCAAAGCUGGAAAGGCUGCUGAUGGUCUCGGCACCUGCACCUAUGUUAAAGCGAGACAUGUUCUGUGUGAAAAGCAAGGAAAGAUCAACGAGGCGUACAAAAAGUUGCAGGAUGGUUGGUUGAGCAACGGUGACAAGGUUCCUCCUGCUGAGUUUGCAAAGAUUGCAGCAGAGUACUCAGAGUGCCCAUCAGGGAAAAAAGGAGGAGAUCUUGGAUGGUUCCCAAGGGGAAAGAUGGCAGGUCCCUUCCAAGAUGUCGCCUUCAACACACCUGUUGGUGUCACUAGUGCACCUUUCAAAUCUACGCACGGAUACCACAUCAUCUUGUCGGAAGGAAGGAAGAACUGACAGAUUACUUGUCUGUUCUGGCUGGCUCUGCUCUUAUGGAUGGAUUUCACUUGCUAGUUAUUGAUGUAACCAAUAUAUAAAAAAAAAAAUACACAGCCGUUGUUGUUUUGGCCAAAAUGUUUGCUACAAAUUGUUUUGAAAAAUCUCCUGUCCUUUGAAUAAUGAAUUUCUUAAGGCUGUGAUACA